AGCUACGAAAAAGAAGCCAAACUCUCCUGCAGGCUCCCAGUUUCCUGCUGCCCACCAAGAUCAGGAAGGAGGAGAUGCUUGGGUUAAAAUAAUCAAAGGGGGCAAGCUGACUUUUGGCUUGGAGUCCCCGGCGAUGCGGGAUAGCUUUGGAAACUCCUGACGUUCCAGGAUCUUGGCUCUGUUUGGGUUGCAGCCCGGGAUUUUAACAGUUUCUCCAGUAGCGUCUGUGUGGAAAGGGCCACACAACCUCCACAACAACGACGGCUUUUGCCUGCAUUUUCCAGUGUUUCUUUUGUCAACAAGUUCAGCAAAAUUGUUUCCCAAGUGCCAGCCCUGAUCAGACUGAGGAGCCAGCGACAGAAAUGGUCAAAAUGACAAAAUCCAAAACGUUCCAGGCGUACCUGCCAAAUUGUCACCGAACCUACAGUUGUAUCCACUGCAGAGCCCACCUGGCCAAUCACGACGAGCUCAUUUCCAAGUCUUUUCAGGGGAGCCAGGGACGAGCCUACCUCUUUAAUUCUGUGGUGAACGUGGGCUGUGGACCUGCGGAAGAGCGAGUUCUUCUGACGGGCUUGCACGCUGUAGCAGAUAUUUAUUGUGAAAACUGCAAAACCACCCUCGGAUGGAAAUACGAACACGCGUUUGAGAGCAGCCAGAAAUACAAAGAAGGGAAAUACAUCAUCGAACUCGCUCACAUGAUCAAGGACAACGGCUGGGAAUGAACUUGCAAUAGGACUCCUUGUCUUUGGACAACCCAUCUAGGGAAACAGUUGGCUUAUAUUUUAUAUAUAUAUAUAAAACAAAGAAAAGACUUACUCCAUGAGGGGGGGAAAAAAAGAAGAAAAAACAAAACGGUGGCUGGGCGGUUGAGAAAAAUCUCACCCGCCCAGUGAUGUGAUGUUGUGGUCCUUCCCUUCUCUCCAGAACAUCCCUUCCCUGGGGUUUUUGUGUGUGUGUGCGUGUGUGUGUGCGUUCUUCCCUCCCUCUUCCCCUCCUCUCUGUGCAAAUCCCCCCCCCUUUUUUUUAAUCUGUGCAAACCCGUUAUUUUUGGACGAACCUUUUUCUAUGCGCUCCAAGAGGGGGAAUUCCAGACCUCCGGGGUCACCUGUGCUAAGGUAGCUCUCUCUCUCCUUUUGACCGGCGCCUUCGGUUGCUCCUUUUGUGCCGUGCGUGGUUUGAUUGCCGAUUGUCCGCUCCAGGGUUCGAAAGGCGGCCCUGUGUGGACGGUCCCGAGAAUGUAGAGGAUGGAGGACAUCUUUUAUUUUAGGCCCCUCCUCUAAAUUAGCCAUUUCUGUAGUCUCUUUGCAGUGAGAAGGAUUGCAGUAUUCUACUACUCAUUUAUUCUUUUGUUUUUUGUUUUUAAAGCAUACCGCGGUCCGUUUUAGAUAUUAUUUUGGCUAGGUUUUGCUGAGAGAUUUGGUUAGCCGGUGUGACUGAAUCUAGCCAGGAUUUGCUUGUCUGUUUGGUUGUGUUUUUGUUUUUUAAAAGAGAAACUGUCAGAAAAGAGAUUGAGUAAUAAUUUACAAGGCUAGCUUCAAACUGUAGAUCCAAAUCAGAUACAUUAGGAAGAGAAGCUGAAAAGCUUUUUGCCCCUGUUAAAAAGGAAAAAAAAAAAAAAAACGAAGAAUGUACAGCAGGGUCUUUUAAGAUCAAAGGGCUGGAAAAAUACGCAGCUCUUAUUUUUAAUACGUCGGUUUCAAAUGUUUUUGGUACUGUACCUUGGGAAUGGGAAAAAAGGAUUUCUUUUAUGGCUGGUUCCAUGUAGUUUUACCUAGUUUUAAUGCACUGGAUGCGAGGAGGGUAGUUUCACAAUCAUCCAAGUCCCUGGCUUUGGCAAUACUGAAGCACACACCAAAAGUGUGCAGCUGUGUGCGAGUUGUGUUGCAUGAGUGCGUACGAAAAAGCUGUCACCGAUCCCUCUGGAGCAGGUGGUUAAAAAAAAAAAGUUUCGCAAGCGAAUAAAAAGUGACAACUUGGCGUUUUAAAAAAAGGAACGAAAGAAAGAAAGCAUGAAGGUAGUUUUUGUUUUUUUCAAAGGGGGUGUGAGUGUGUGUGAUUUGCUGGCUGAAUCGUCCCUAAGCACAAUUUUUUUAUAAUAAAACUGUUAAUGUAAAAGAAACAUCAUCUGGGAAUUUUUUUAAAAAACAAAACAACUCCACCCCACUCCAUAGUCAGUGGGUCGGGUCAGAGAGGACCACUAUAUACGUGUGUAAAAGUGCGUAGCAUUUCUCCAUGGGAACUUUUUAUGCAUACCAUUUCAAGAGAUGUGAAAACUUGGGGGGAGGGGAGCUGUAUUUUUUGGGAGGGGAGGGGGGUUGCAAUUUUCUUUUUCCUUCCAAAAUAAUUCCAAGAGGGGGGGGGUGGGAAAUGUAUAGAACAUUUUACCCGAAUCAUACCGAGCCACUGACAGCAUGAGUAACAAUAACUAUAAUAAUAACAAUAUAGGAAGCUUUACAAUGGGAACGCUAACGUACUUCUUACCUGUUGCAUUGCAACUCCAGCUUUUUGUCUGUCCCUAAUGGCUGCUAGUAAGCUCAUCUAACUGACAUUCAGAUCUCGAAUUGCACUUUAGCUUUAUCCUUCCUUAUAAAAAUAGCAACCGUCUUCUCCUGAACGUCGAAUGCUUUCCCUCCUGUACGCCAAACUCCCCUCCUUAUUUCAUUCCUCCGUAAAUCCUUUUGGGUAGAAGAACGAUUUUACACUGUGAUGCAAAAAAAAAAAAGAAAAAAGGAUAUUGAAUAUAUAUCUUAAAUCUAUUUAAGCGCGUGUGUUAUGUGUAUAUAGUUACCUUUCAGGCAUUUGGAUCCAAAGAGCUGUCCCCUCCCUGACAGCUAGUCUCAGAUUUUGUAUGACCUUUAAUUCUGGUGCUUUAUUUAGUGUGAAUGACUUUUGAAACCCAGUGAAUCUUCAGCCCGCGGCAGAACUGAGAACUCCUCUUGAUUCACAUCCAGAACAGCAGCAGUUUCAGCCCUCGGAGAGUUUUACUAGAAGACGAAGAGAGGCUGGCUUGUUAGGGAUGCAUGCUUGUUAGUUGUGUGCUUGUUAGGAGUUCCUUGAGGUGUGGAAUAAUUCAAUUUAGGGCAACUGGAUGGAGAGCCCUCAACGUAGGAACCGUUACAGCAUCCAUAAACCCUCCUGCGAGUUUUCUGACUCGCAGCCUUUUAAGAACCGGUGGUUAUUCAAACAAAAUUAGCUUCUUGUACUCCUCUCUACAAAUCCUUGAAAGGUCUGGUUCUGAUGGAUCUCCUCUGUUGCGUUAUGGCAGCGAUGGGAGAACUGGACCUACCACCCCUUCCCUGUGGGAUCGGUGUCCGCCGCUGUCGACAAAAGUCCUGGAUUUUUUAAGUGGCUAGGUUUUCAGCGCUGUUGGCCUACAGUGGUGGCCAUCGCUUUUUCCCUUCUACCGUGAACGCUUGCUUUACUAGCGUGGUUGCUCUCGCCUUGACGCAUUUCUCAAAUCAUCUGAAAAGAUCACUUUGUGGGGAUUUUGAGAAGAUGGGAAGCUUGAAGGGAAAAAGAAAGGUGGAGGGGAAAAUCUUACGAAAGAAUGUAUUUUAAUCAGAGAACGCUUGGGCCGAACUACAUGUUUACACACAAAGCUGAAAAUUCACACGGCGUGGUAGAAAUCCACUCGACGUGGAUUUUACACUAAGUAGCUGUCUACCAAGGAGUAGCUUCUCGUAACGAAAACGGGGACACCAUGCCUAUUUGUGUGUAAUAUGUAGUCCGGUGGGCCUUUUGGGUCUUUGCAGGUGGAUGUUUUCCCAAGAAUUUUUUUUUUGGUUUCACCCAGAUGCCAAAAAGAAGGGAAAGUGGACGAUCAAAUUGCAGCUUAAAAAUCAGAUGCAAUUUAUUUAUUUAUUUAUUUGGGGGGUGGGGGGGAAAUAAGCAUUUCAAGGUACCAAACAGAGCAAUAUUGCGAAUUUUGAAACAAGGGACGUAAAAAGGCUGUAGGGAAUUUUAAAUCCAGAACAAAAUUGCGUAGGUCUGAAGUAGCAUUUCUGCUUUACGAUUCCUGGGGAAUUGGCGGUCUCUUUGACUUGGGCCUUCUAAGAACCCCUUCAAACUGCAUCAUUCAAACGGACAGAUUUGGUGGAUCCAGAUACUGCUGGAUGAUUGGUUGAAGUCUAAAAAGAUCAGUCUGGUUACUGAACUUUCCAGCGUUACAUUGAAAAUAAAAAAAAAGAUACUUGAACAUUACCAAGCAUUUUCCCAUUUAAACUGUGUUUAUUUUUUAUUUUGUUGGUAACGUAUUCUAUUUAAGAGUUUGUGUGUGCUUUGUGGGUAAGUUUUAAUCUUCCCUUUCAACUUGAGCACUUUUGUUGCUUAUUUUUAUUACUGUUGAUCUUAACAUUUAUUUUAUAUAUAUAUAUAUACAUACAUAUAUAUAUAUAUACAUAUAAAUAUAUAUAUAUACUAUAUAUUUUAUACAUUGUAACAGCGAUUUUUGUGAACAUCUACCUACCUACUAGAAGGGAGCUUUUUGUGAAGUGGGUGAACUGACUACAAGCUGGUUCUUGAGAAGAUUGUUCAUUGGCACUUAGAGGAACAGGCUGCCAACAUUUACAUUUGUGGUGUGUGUAUGUGGGGUUUUUUGUUGUUGUUGUCGUUGUUGUUCUUGGGAGUCCCUAGUCAUGGCUCUUGUAAAACAGCCAUCCAACCCAAACCUGAUUCAGUGCCAGUUCAGAAUCCCUAGAUCUUACGAUGCCUGGGAGAAAAAUCAUAAUUUCUUGGUGGACAUUUUCAGAAAUUUUAGAACUGCUGGUUCAGCUAUUCCUUCUAGGUGGGUAUUGAAAACAUCCCCUAAAGGCAGAUUUUCUUUUCGGUGGCAGUUAUGAGUGACUUUGAAACAACCACACAACUUUCCAGGUGAUUUGUGGACAGCGUUCAUUAGCUGUCCCACCAGAGUGGUGAGGCUGAGGAUAUCUGGCCUGCUUGUGAUGCUUCAUGAAUCUGUUAGCUUGUGUCUGGAUCUUUCCGAAGGACACCUCCAAAUUCUACGGUCGCUUUUAGGGAACUGACGUGACAGAACCGCAUGGCAAAUAUCGUGAUUAAAAUUCAUUUGGAUCUGCAGGAAAGUUACGCCUCCUAGUUGCCUCCGUGUUUUGCGAGGAAAAACCAGUAACCCGUAUCGGCCAUGAACAGUGUUGAUCAGCGUGAAAACCAGUACAAGGUUUUUGGCCCUUAAUCUGGAACGGGAGGUUUGUUUUUCGUUUCCCCGAUAAGGCGAAAUCUUCCCCGGACUUGGGAAAAUAACUAUAAUGAGACUUUUAACUUGCCUUAGUAGGUUCAAAAAAAAAGGGGGAUUAUUCAACUGAAUGGUUCAUUAAGCACCAUAGCCAUUCUCCUGAGUGUAAAACCAACCAGUUAGUGUGAGUUGUAUUUU